AUGUGGAACGACGUGAUCGGCUGCCAUGGACACAUACGUUUACGACGAGCAGUACCAGAAGCGCAUCCAGAAAAGCUUUUACCUGAACGAAUUCAUCGACCUAAAAGCAGUGGUAUCAAAGAUACCGGUGAUACAAAGUUCCACAACAGUAACGCAAGUGCUGAAUACGAUUUGUAUGACUAUAGCGGAUCAGAGGAAUAUCCUGAGAAUCCACGCCAUAUUGAAACAAAAACAUUUGCCCCAACGACAACAACGACAACAACAACCGAAAAUCAGGAGAAGGUGCAGCAGGCGACUGCUGAAGCGCAGCAGUCGGCAACCAAAACAGCUACUUAUCCAACACUGGUACUCCUCGAUCCAGAAUUCCCAUUUCAGGCUUCGUUUCAGAAUCCAUUUCUGAUUGAUACAUCGUUAUUCACUGAGGUGCCUCCUGCGACUGAACAGACAGAUAGCGUUGCAGUGGCAUCCGGUGCUACCACCGCCAAACCAGCAGACAGUGUUUUUUUCAACGAAGUGGACGAUUUCAGCAACAGCGUUUCACCUGCUUCUAAUGGUACCAAAAUUGAAUUCUCGAUGGAUGACGCUGAAAAGUCACAAUUAACAAAAAACGAAAAUUCGACGAAUGAAAGCAUUUUGGAGAGUAAAGCUACGAGUUUUAGCACUGAAGUAAAUUCCACUACCACGGAGUUGCCGGCGACUGAAGAUACAGAGUUACGGUCGGUGAGGGUAGCAAAUUCGUGGGUCGAAAGAGGUUUUAGUAGUACAACACAAUUGUCAACGGCGGAUACUGUAGAUUCGACAUUAAAUUCUAGCGCUAUCGAAUUUUCGAAAGGUGCCGCUUUAGAAAUGACACUAGGGAAUCCUGCUGAUUCCAGCAUUGAGUUAUUG